AUGGCCCAGUGUUUCUACAGCGCUGCACGCUUCCCUCCGAUCACUAAACAGUCCUUGAGUGAGCUGGACAUUGGCUCGAUUCUCAGUAACCCAAAGUUACGCCACGACGUGAAUUUCGACCGGGAACUGCACUUCCGGCCUAACCUUGACGGCGCGAAGGGCCGUUCAAAGAUCAAAACAGCCGAAGAGUACUGGGACGCGCUUGUUGCAGAGCUUGAGCUUUACAACCGCUUCGCUCAGAACACCGCACUAGAGGGUUACAACGAGCAAGCGUGGGCUCCCUUCAUCAAGGCCAGUCAAGUCAGGAUCCCUUUGAUGUUCGAAACGAUUAGGGAUAUCCUCAAAAAUCUCCUACCGGAGCGCGAGCACACAAGCAUUGACGAACACCUCGAUGUGCCCAUGCUGAUGCAGGAGAUCGAGAAGGGUGUUUGCGACCUCCUGAGCAUAUCGCGAUGGCUAGCUCAGGUUCUCAAGGCCCACUGCGCCCCCAUGCGUGACGCGUGGGUGGACAAAAUGGUGAAGCAGACUGAGAUAGGCGUAGAGACCUGCAGCAUGAGGUCUAUCGUAUACGGACUCCGGGAGCUUCUCGGCAUCCUUGAAGCGAUGAAGCUUGAUGUGGCGAACCAUCAGAUCAGGCAUUUGCGCGCAAUGCUGAUCGAAGCUACAAUCAAAUACGAGCAGGAAUCCCAUCUGUCACGGAUUGAGUGCAGUCGUAUGAGUGUAGAGAGCUCGCAAGAGUGGUACCUACAGGAGAAAUCGCUCAACAGUGGCGCCCUGCCAGCACCACCGUCCAAGAAUGAGAGCCAAGAACAACUGGCGGCAUUUGUUUGUGGAGUGUUAAGGAAGCUUGUAGCAGACCCGCGAGAACCAUUCCCUGAAACGUUCUAUCUUGACUUUGAUCGCCUGCGCUCAAUACGUACCGAACUUCAAGACCUGAUCCACUUCGAGAUCUGCUCAGAAGUUUUCAACUCGCUUGCCGAACGACUUCGUUGCAGAACGGUCGGUGUGGAUACGCGCCAGCUACUUCGGGAUGUUCUCUUUGCCAUCACCGGUUUUCACGGCAGUAGAGAAGUUAGCCAGCGUUGGACGAUGGCCAUCGGCAAUAUUGCCGUGGAGCUGGUGCGGCAAGCACUUCAACUCGCAUGCUCGUCUCGGGUUUACGACUCAGGUCUCGUGCAAAAGGUGGAAGAGGAGUUACGAUAUGCGCUCAACCCACUAUGCUACGCCCGACACGCCGCGGCUUUGGAGUCGUCCUUAGUACAACACGUCUUGAACGGCGCUGUUGCGCACAUCAGUUCCUCCCCCAUUGAGAUCUUCAACGCCUUCGUCGCGCCCACUGGUUCACAAACUCUGCCGUCACCAUCACCACCACCGUCGUAUCACGGUAAUGCUGCCAUAGUUCCCCCGGUGCAGCGUUCGUUGCCCCGGGUCGACGCCAUGACCGAUCUUACGCGACGCAUCACCCAUAUCGCCAUUCUCCACUGGCGCAUCUGGAGCCCUCUUGUGUACUUGAACAAAGACGUCAAGAUCGACUGGUCUUUACGUCUUACGCCUUGCACAACACCUCAGCCCGCGCAGAUUUUCCACGCACCAACACCGCCUCCGUCGCAAACCAUACGCAGUACUGGAGACAUAUCGACUGCUAGUACGUCGGUUGAGCAAAGGGUCAAGAGUUUAUCAUCUUCGCCAGAACCCGAAACAGGACAGCCAACCGAACAGCAUGAUCCUUCUGAAACUGCAUCGCUUGCGUACCGCAACCUGCCCCGAUGA